ACAAUUAAUAUACGCUCUCGAAUUUUCUCACAAAUUCAAUUUUGCAAUGUCAGACCUUGUUCCGUACAUAAUAUGGGAAAAGCAAGAAGGUUAUCUGUGUGCUCAGCAUUGCAUUAAUUCCCUUCUUCAAGCAGUUGACUUGGGCGAAAUCGCUAAAAAUUUGGAUCAGGCUGAAGAAGCUGCUCUACGAGAUGGAGUCGAACAAACACCAACUGAAUUAAGUGAAAGUGCGUCAAUAUCAAAAAGUCAAAACAUGGACGAUUCUGGAUUCUUUUCGGUGCAAGUAUUAAGUCAUGCAUUGAAAGUGUGGAACCUUGAGCUCGUGCCAGUUGGUUCGGAAGAAAGCCGUGCUUCAAAGAAGAUUCCAGAAGAAGAAGACGCUUACAUAUGCAAUCUUCGCGAACACUGGUUUACUCUUCGGAGAUUCGGCGGUAUGAAAUCAAGAUGGUAUAAUUUGGAUUCCAUAUUAAAUGGUCCUGAGUGGAUUAGUCAGUUAUACUUAGGGAUGUUACUCAAACAAUUGGAAACUGAUGGUAUACUUCCAACAAGCCAAGCUGAUGAAUAUGCUAUAUCACACCCAGAUCCUAUCAUGUAUUCUUCAGAGAACCAUAUUUCUUACGAUAGUGAUUUAGAUGCGGCAAUUGCAGCAAGCCUUAAAAGCGUCUCCAAUCAGGAUGUUAAAUCAGAAAGUUCAGCUAAUUGUGAACUAUCUAUUGACGAUUUACGGGCGAAAAGACUAGCAAAAUUCGAGAAUAAGAAUGUUUAG